AUACACCGAGGCUCUGACACCUACAUUCUGUACCGCAAAGAUCGUCACAAUAUGGUUAAAGCUGCCAAUCCUGGUAUUACCAAUAACGAAAUCUCCCAAAUGCUGGGACGAGCUUGGAACCAAGAAUCGACACAAGUGCGGGUGAUUGGUUAG